UAAGAUGUGGCCACUGCAGACCUUGAGCUAGAGGAGAGAGAGAGAGAGAGAGAGACAGAGAGAGAGAGAAAGAAAGCAAAGGCCCUGGAAGAACAGCUGAUACAAAAAAAGAAGAAGAAAUAAAAAAAAUUAAAAAAACAGCAGCAGUCCGAGUUUCCACUCGAACCUCCUAGGGACUUGUUAUCCAUACGAGAGACGCCACCAGGAGCAACUCGCAUCUUUGCUACGAGAGACCAUAGCCACUGUCUUGAGAGCUAUAAUGAGGACACGGGUCAUCUCCGCUGCAGUUUUUCUUUUAGUGAUAGGCCUGACGUGGGCUCAGAACCCAAAGAAGUAUGCGGCUCCACCAAAAACGACAAAGAUGCAGUGCUGCGAUGACAUGCGAGCCUUGAAGGUACAGGUAGCCAACCUCACCAGCCUGUUGGAGGAGCUGAGCAGGAAGCAGGAGUUAGAUCGGAUGAGCUUAGUGAAGCAAGUGGUGGAGAUAGAAAAAUUGAAUCAGCUACAGGAGGCCAGAGUAACUGAAGCCGAAAGUAAGUAUUCAGAGAUCACCAACCGCGUGGACAUUAUGCAGCUUCAAGCCACACAGGGUUCUACACAAACCAAUUUAGAUGCAACCUAUGACUGUGCGUCCCUGUACAACAGAAACUACAGAAUUUCUGGGGUUUACAAAUUGCCCAGAGAUGAGUUUCUGGGAACACCUGAACUGGAGGUGUUCUGCGAUAUGGAGAAAAACGGAGGUGGAUGGACAGUCAUCCAGAGACGCAGAGUAGGUCUGACCAGCUUCGAGCGGGACUGGAAACAGUACAAGAAUGGAUUUGGGACGAUCAAUGGGGACUUCUGGCUUGGCAACGAGAACAUCUUCCGUCUAACCCGCCAGGCCACAGUUCUCCGCAUUGAGCUGGAGGACUGGGAGGGGGCAACACGUUAUGCUCAGUAUGGUUUCUUUACACUGAGCAAUGAGCUAAACAGCUACAGGCUUUUUAUUGCCAACUACACUGGGAAUGCUGGGGACUCGCUCCGUUACCACAACAACACCAAUUUCAGCACCAAGAACAAGGACAAUGACAAGUGCGUGGACGACUGUGCCCAACUCCGCAAAGGUGGCUAUUGGUACAACUGCUGCACAGAUUCGAACCUGAAUGGUGCAUUCUAUCGCCAGGGGAUGCACACCAAGAACACGGAUGGCAUCACUUGGUAUGGCUGGCACGGACCAAACUACUCCCUCAAACGGGUGGAGAUGAAAAUCCGACCCCAGGAUUUCAAGCCUUAAAGUUAAAUUAUCUGUCCUUGCUUACCAUAAUCACCUGCAAACCUUAUGCAAUACACACUAAUGCCUUCUGCAUUUACCUGGGUUAAAAAAAACAAAAAAAUCUCUAUGCGCUUCUUUCUUUCUUUCUUUUUUUUUUUUACAGAAUGUUUCUGGACUGAAUGUUUGAGAAGCGAUGUAUGAUUGUAAAGUGCUGUUGUUUUGGAUAUUUAUCUCAGAUAUUUUUAUUUUCUCUGAACUUCUCUUUCUAGAUUGAUCAAUGAGUAAGAACUGUGCCUCUUAAUCGUCUCUUCAUGCCUUUAAAUGGAGUAGGUCUUAUUUUAGAAUAUGAAAAAAAAUCUGACAGACAGUCGCUAAAAUUUUACUUUACUUUUAGUAAAUUGACUGAUCAAUUACACUGAAUUGUGUAAAAUGUAAAAUGUGUACAGUUCUAUAUAAACAAUUGAAUGAUGAAUUAAAUUGUAUUUUUAAAAAAAA